AUGGCCAGGUCGAAUUCUAGAAACAAAUCCUCCGUAUGGUUCUCCGAUGGUUGUGUCUUCUUCGGAGGUGUGCUUGCUGCUGUUUUCGUGGUUUGGGGUUUCUGGUCGUUCAUAGCCCCAUUUCCUCCCAAGACCCCCAACUUUCAGUCCGUCACCACUAGACUGAAAUCCCUCAAAGGUCCCGACGGCGCUCUUAUCUGUGGUGCUGGUACGCAUGGUCCUGAUCUCCGACACGACCCGCCGGAGAAAACCUUUUACGAUGACCCUGAAAUGGGUUACACACUAGAUAAACCGAUGAAGAACUGGGACGAGAAGCGCAAAGAGUGGCUGUUACGUCAUCCGUCGUUCAUCCCAGGAGCGCGAAAGCGGAUCCUCAUGGUGACGGGAUCUCAGCCGUUUCCUUGUCAGAAUCCGAUCGGCGAUCACCUGCUUCUCGGGUUCUUCAAGAACAAAGUGGAUUACUGCCGUCUCCACGGCUACAACAUCUUCUACAACAACGUGCUGCUUCAUCCAAAUAUGCAAACAUACUGGUCGAAGUAUCCGAUGAUAAAAGCGGCGAUGAUGGCCCAUCCGGAGGUCGAGUGGAUCUGGUGGAUCGACUCUGACGCCAUGUUCACAGACAUGGAUUUCAAGCUCCCACUGCAUCGUUACAAAAACCACAACCUCAUGCUUCAAGGGUGGCCUCGCCUGGUACACGAGGACAAAAGCUCGAUGGGCCUGAACGCCGGCGUGUUCCUGAUCAGAAACUGCCAGUGGUCGUUGGACUUCAUGGAAGAGUGGGCAAACAUGGGCCCACAGUCACCGGAGUACAAAAAGUGGGGAGAAAUACAGAAAAACACCUUUAAGGACAAGAAUUACCCGGAGUCGGAUGAUCAGGCGGGGCUGGCUUACUUGAUCGUGGAAGAGAAAGAGAAAUGGGGGAACAAGAUUUACUUAGAAACAGAGUACGCGUUCUCGGGUUACUGGGAGGAUCUAGUGGGGACAUAUGAGAAUAUAACGGAGAGAUACAAUGAGGUGGAUAGAGAAGAUAAGAGGCUAAGGAGGAGACAUGCAGAGAUGGUGAGUGAGAAUUACAGUGAGACGAGGGAGAAGUACCUGAAGAAGGAGGAGGCGAGUUGGAGGAGGCCGUUCAUAACACACUUCACCGGCUGCCAACCUUGCAAUGGAAACCACAAUGAGAUGUAUUCAGGUGACUCUUGUUGGAAUGGAAUGAAGAAGGCUCUCAAUUUUGCGGAUAAUCAGGUGCUGCGUAAUUAUGGUUACGUACACCCGGAUCUACUGGAUAACUCCGUUUCUCCUAUCCCUUUCGAUUACCCUGCCUGA